UGGGCCACGGCUUUACGCCACGCCCUCUCCUCUCCAUUUCUCUCGCACCCUCCCCGCGUCCUUAAACCCUAGCUCCCUCUCCCUCUCCCUCUCCCGCUCCCGCCUCCACGAUGGCGACCGCCGACGGCCAGUCCCAGCCUGCGGCCACCGAACCCUUCCCAUCCCCGGCCAAGCGUAAGACGGACACCGACUCCGAGAUCUCUCCCGUCGACCCACCAGCCAAGGCCGCCCGCCCCGGCACCGACGAGGAGGCCGCCGCCGAGGCCAAGGCCCGGGUCGCGGACAAGGGGAAGGGCAAGAUGGUGGUCGAUGAGGAGGAAGAAGGCGGCGAGGAAAGCGAUGACGAGGAAAGCGACGACGAGGAGGUCGAGGGAGAUGGCGACGAGAGUGACGGCUUAUGUGAGGAUCCCCUCUCCGAGGUCGACCUCAACAACAUCCUGCCGUCUCGGACCCGCCGCUGUGCCCCAGCACAGCCUGGGGCGUACCUGGUGCGACCAGAGGAGGCAGCGGAGGAUGACGAGGACGAUGAGGACUCGGACGUCGACAUGGCUCCCGGGGAGGAGAGCGGCGACGGGGAGGAGAGCGACUAGGGUCGCAGCUCGACUAACUCGCUAGGCAAUCCCUUCGUCUCGCGCUUGUGAUGCACAGAAAUGUUUCUAUGAACUGUUCCCUUGUGGAAGUGCAUUUCUGCGAUUGCAUCCAGUUUAGGCCUUUAGUUAUCGAACUUAUGCACUAUCAACGUUUAAUUUCGCAGGUAUCGCCUAAUUUAAGUGUUUUUAUCAAGUAAACAGGUAUCACUGCUGGUGCUUCUGGAUUA